AUGGAUAAAAUUCCUAAUUCGAUUUUAGCAAGCAUUCUUACAAUAGUUGGGCCAUUUAAUGAGGUCGUAAGCCAGCAAAGUGUAUGCAAGAAAUGAAAAUUUGUGAUUGAAAAAGCUUAUCAUUACCUAUCGUUUGAAGGAUCUCGUAUAUAUAAGCUAUUGCCUGGCAAUAUUGAUAUAGAUAAAAUGCUUACAAAUCAUAUUAAGAAUUAUCAGUUUUUCUCUAUAGAUUUGAAAAAUGUGCACAUUUCAGAAGAAACACUUGCUAAAGUUAUUUUUUCUAAUCCUUUAUUAUUAAAGCUUGAUAUUUCAAACAAUCAGAUAAGAUUAGACAUUUUAUGAGCCACGAUUGAUAAGAGCAUUCAAGAAGAUACCAAAUAUUUCAAUUUAGAGGAGCUAAAACUUACAAAUAAUCGAAGUUCUAACCUUGGCUCUCAAAAAAUUUGUGAAUUCUUCCCGAGAUUAAAAAAACUUUAUUUAGGCCAUACAAAAGCAAAUUUUUGUGACUUACUCCCCCCCAUUGAUAAGUGAACAAAGCCAUUAGAAAAAUCCCUCCUCCGUGAGCGAACAAAAAUUUUUUAUGGAAAAAAUUUUGAUAUAUAAGUGAUAAUUAGUAUAGGGAAAUCUCGAGCUAAUUAUGUUUAAAUUUUAAACAAAUUGCGUUUUAAAACAUACAUUUUAUAAAUUAAAUUAAUAUUUGCUUUCCAAUUUCCGAGAAGUGGGAAUUUUUUUAAAUUUUGAAAAAAAAAUUUUCUAUAAAAUUUUAUAUGUAAAUUUUUUAAAAAAAAGAUUAACAGCACUACGUGAGCGAACAAAAUUUUUUUGUUCACUCAUAGAGGGGGGAGUUAAUAAUACUAAUUGACAAAUUGAAUCAAUUAGAAAUACUUGAUGUGAUGAUGUCAAAAAUUUAUCACAAAAAUUCAAUUAUAAAAAUAAAAGAGUUUGAAAAAGUCCUUACGUAUUCACAUAUAAAAAGAAUUUUUAUAGAACAGGACUCUUUUGGAGUUGCUGAUAUAUUGAGAAAUCACAAUAUAGAGGUUGUUCAUUUGAGUUUUUAUGAUAUUUUAUGUAAGCUUGAAGGUACAGCAGAACUUAAAGAGUGGCUAAGAAAUGGAGGGGAUACAAAUGUUAUUUCGAAUAAAUGGAAAGAAUGAAAAUAUCCCCAACUUCAGAUAAUAAAUGAGUCUGAAGAUGAAGCGAUACUAGUUGAAGCUUAUAGUUUGAUGAUAAAGCAUGGAUUGGAUUUAUCUAAUCAUAUAUAUUUUCAUAAUACAACUCUUUUAAAUGCAGCUAUAAAGAAAGGUUUUAGCGCUUUGGUCAAGCUGCUUUUAAAUUGUGGAUCAGAUAUUUGGCCAGUUAAAUAUAGCAAUACAGGAGAAGCUCCUGCCCUAUUGGAAGCUGUUAAAAGUAAAAAUAGUCUUGAAAUCUUCCAAUUGUUUAUAGAUAAAGGCUUGCACACUCAAAACUAUUUUUCAGGGAACUGUAAUACAAUUUGUGCAGCGCUUCAAGAAAAUAAUUUAGAAAUGUUUAAUUUUCUUUUGGAAAAUUCAGUUAAAUUUUCUCGAUGUAGGCUUCACUACAAUAUACUUGCUUCUAAUCAAACAAUACUUACAAAGAUAAUUUACUCAUAUGCAGACCAAUUUCCUUUAAUAUCAUUUUAUGAAGCUUGCCAACUAUAUAUAUUAAGCCAGCAAGAAGAUGUAGCACUUAUUAUUCUCAAUUAUUUAAUUUCAAAUGAGAUCGCUAAUAAAGAAAAUGAAAUAUUGAACGAAGAAAGGUCAAUAGGUGAAAAAUUUCAUAUGAGGCCUAUUAUAAUUUUGGCAGUUGAAAAAAGAAUGUGAAAGAUUCUGCAGCUGAUAACUGAUACAGGGUUUGAUAUUAAUAUUUCUGAUUAUUAUAAAUGGACACCGCUUAUGGUAGCUGCAGCUUGUGGACAUGAUGAUAUCGUUGAGUUUUUAUGUGAAAAAGGUGCAAGAAUAAAUGAAUUUGAAAAUUCUGGAGAAACUGCACUCCAUCAAGCUUCAAGAAGGGGGAAUUUGAAUGCAGUUAAUGCUUUGAUUAAAUAUGGCGCUGAUCUAUCACCAAAAAGCGCAUUUGAUUAUACUCCUUUGGACUUAUAGAAGUUUCCUAUGUUUGGCGCUGUAAGGCCGAUAAAUUCUGAUCGGAAUUUAUCGGUUGGUUGCACCAAAUCAAUGCCUUGGUCGGACCAAAAAGCGAUUUGGUCCGACGAACUUGGAAAGCUCCUGGGAAAAUGUCUGCGCUUUCAGCGCUAUAUAGCGGAAACCUCUAUAGCAAUAAUUAAUCAAAAAGAAGAAAUAGUGAAUAUUUUGCAAAGUUAUGGAGCUGAUCAUAAUCAGACUUGGUUUAGAAUAAAUUAA